AUGGUCAUGCUGCAAGUGAUAACUACGACAAAGUUGAUGAUAAAGCGAAGCGCCAUAAACCACACGAACAACUCGACAAAACUUGUCUGCUUCGCAAUUACAGCGGCGAGGUAUAUGUCAGCAGCCGUGUACACCAUACUGAACGGGAGAAUAAAAGGCUCCACACUGGGAUGCUUUGCGGAGACGGUCAUCUUGAGCCAAGCGGCUGUGAUGUCCAGGGCGGCGGCAGCCAUGAGGGUGAGAAUGUGCUGGGGAAAGGAGCGCGUGGCGAGGACGUGGAGAGCGUUGGAAGCGAAGAGGCUUGCGGCGGAAAGCGCGAGGAAAAUGCCCUGGCGGGUGUUGGGCGUGCGCAAGGCGUGCACAGAGAAGGCAAGCACGGUACGAAAGGGUACCGCGCAUAAUAACAGAGCGACGGCAUGGAACGGAAGAGCGUUCCCCGGCGGUUGUAGCGCGGCGUGA